GUGUUUUGGCCGCCGAGCCGAGCCAGUCAGUGCGCCGAGUGCAGGUCUGGCACCAAGGUCCGCAGCCACCGCCGCUCUCUCCUCACGUGUGCUUGCCAACUCUGAUGGGCGACUCUCUCUCCGGCCAUCUGCUCCUCCGCAGGGUGUGAUUUCGCGCACCCCACGUCCCGCCACCAGGUUCACCCUUUCAGGCGCGUGACCUGCCAAGAACUGACCUCCCCGGCAGCAAACUUCAGGACAAUAAUUGUCAUGCGGCCUGACAACAAGUGGUGCUCCGGAUUUUUGUGAGGUGGACCCAAGUUUCCUUUUGCGCUUUGACUCGCUGACUGGCUAGUUAAAAUGAAUGCGAAGAUGGUGAACACCCUGGUGAUGCUCUUUUGCGUGCUCUUCCCGGCAAGUCUGGAACAGGUGUUUGGCGGUGUGCCCACCUUUGAUGACAUGAUACCAGGUUGGUCUGAUGAUCACGUGGACCCAUACAAGGACCACGAGAUGCACCACAAAAGCGACAAUCACAACGAGGACUACACCUACGACGAGCACACGGACGCGCUGCACAACGCGGACAGUGGGCUAUACAAUGAGUCUGCGCUCACCACUCAUUCCGACAACUCAACCUCCCCGCCGGCUCAUCAUUCAACAGUCGACGCAACGGCCCCCACGGCAGGCACCUUGCGAAUCGUGCGACCGAUGCAAAACGUGACCAAGAAGGUUGGAGACACGGUCAAGAUGAGGUGCGAGGCUGAAGGCGAUCCACCGCCCAACAGCUUCAGGUGGCUGGUGAACGAUGCACCCCUGCAGGAGAAACGCAACAAAGUGACGAUCCGCAAGCUGGGGGGCGGCGCGUAUGGAUCACGCCUCAGGAUCACGGAACUCGAAGUGCACGACAUGGGCUUCUAUACCUGCGAGGCCAUCAGAGGCAAGCAAAGGGUUUCGACCACCGCCGUGCUAAGGGUCGAAGUGGACAAAUGGGGAGGUGGAGGGGCCGGCACCAACCUUCAAAACUACCCCCAUUCGUCAUUUGAUGAAUUCGACGACCUCAACGGAGGCUACCCUGAUGUCCCCUCGCACAACUCGGACGAGGACAUGGACGACGAUGACUUGGGAGUGAUCGGAGAUAAAGGGGUCGAAUUCGAGGGCGGAAUCAGACCUGAAGACAUUGGCAAGCAUUCUGGCGGCUUCGGAGGCCACCUCGGGGGCCAUCCGGGGGUGGGACUCGGGCUUCCUGGAGUCGGGCUAAGUCACCCUGACCUUUUGCCAGCUCACGCGCCAUCUCACGCUGAAGAAUUAGGAUGUCAACCAUACAGGGGCAAAGCCUGUGCCGAGUAUAUCGGCAAUAGUUAUGUUUAUGUCACGGCUGCUGCCCAACCGAUUAUUGAAAAGAAGCUUUUAGCAGCUUUUUCUGUCAUGAAGUCCUCUCGCGACCUAACGCUGGGCUGUGCUGAAUAUGCAAAACCAUCGCUUUGCUACGCUGCAUUUCCAAUUUGCUCUGAAGAAACAAGUAAGCCACGAGUUGUUUGCAGAGAGGAAUGUGAAAUACUGGAGCACAAACUAUGCGCCCUUGAGGUCUCAAUCGCCAAGAGGCACCCUUCAAUUGGUCAGCAAUUUGACCUCCCCGACUGCAGUUCUCUGCCUCCCGUGGGCUCAGAUGAAAGCAAAGACUGUCAGCGUCUCGGGAUUCCUAAUGCAAAGAAAAUCGUGAUACCAGAGCAUAAUUGCUUCAAGGACAAUGGCCAUGACUACAGGGGAACUGAAAGCAGCUCUGCUUCUGGCAGACCUUGCAUGUCCUGGACAAGUCAGCACUCCACUCUUAGUUUGGCAGCAUUCCCAGAACUCAGCGGCGGGCACAAUUACUGUCGAAAUCCCGGCGGCCAGGAGCAGCAGCCGUGGUGUUUCAUCGGCCAUACGCAAAGGGAAAUUUGCGAUGUUCCCAAGUGUGUUGAUAACAUGUGGUUAUACGCCAUUGUUGGUGCUGCCGGCGUGACCUUCAUUGUCCUCUUGCUACUCCUUUACUGCUGCAUUAGGAUGCGGAAGAGCAAAGCCCGACGGCCCACACACGCGUUCCCGUCGCCAAGAAACGGUGGCGCCAACACAAUAGGCAAAGGGAGUGGAAUCAUGAUUCCUGGACAGCAGCAGGACUCAAGGCAGCUGGUUGAAAUGAGUUCCCUGCUUGGCUCGCACCAGAAAGGACCUCGAUCUGAAGGGGGACAUUCUGGAGCUGGAAGUUCCUCCUCAGCCGGAGCUUGUAGAGCGAGGGAGUUUGUGCAGGAACACGUUCGACUUCUCCAGGAGCUUGGCGAGGGAGCUUUUGGAAAAGUGUACAAGGGAGAACUAUUGUUAGAUGGAAUGCCGACCCCAGUUGCAGUGAAGACGCUGAAGGAAAAUGCGACGGCAAAAACUCAGCAGGACUUCCGCCGAGAGGUUGACCUGAUGUCCGACUUGAGACACCCAAACAUUGUUUGCCUCUUGGGAGUCGUCCUACGAGGAGAACCACUGUGCAUGCUCUUUGAAUACAUGGCACAUGGUGAUCUCCAUGAGUUCCUAAUGGCCCAUUCCCCAUUCAAUGAACCAGAGGCUGGUGAAAUCCGCCGACCUCAACUGGACCAAACAGAUUUCAUCCACAUUUCCAUUCAAGUAGCUGCAGGGAUGGAGUAUUUGAGUGGUCACCACUAUGUGCACCGAGACUUAGCUGCUAGAAAUUGCCUAGUCGGAGAUAAUCUGACUGUGAAAAUCUCAGAUUUUGGGCUUUCUAGAGAUAUUUACUCCUCAGACUAUUAUAGAGUACAAUCUAAGUCAUUACUCCCAGUAAGGUGGAUGCCACCAGAGUCAAUUUUGUAUGGCAAAUUUACUACUGAGAGUGAUGUUUGGAGUUAUGGAGUGGUUCUGUGGGAGACCUACAGUUAUGGUUUGCAGCCUUACUACGGUUAUAGCAACCAAGAAGUCAUCGAUAUGAUCCGUUCGAGGCAACUCCUCCCAUGUCCAGAGUCGUGUCCAUCUCGCAUCUACUCGUUGAUGAUGGAGUGCUGGCACGAGGUGCCAUACAGGCGGCCAUCCUUCCCUGAGAUUCACGCACGACUCCGGACGUGGAGUGCUAUGCCGGCACCCACUCCUUCACAUGGCGCGCCCAGCAUAGGCGGCAGCAGUAGUCAGCGCUCCAGCACUGGUCCAAGCAACAACACUGGCUCGACCCAGUUGAGUAACCACCACCACCCGCAGCAUCACCACCAGUACCAGCAGCCCUACGCCUCCAGCCCUUUCAACACCUUCAACCCCAAUGUGCCCGCCCAAUACAAUGCAGUGCAGUACUUGCGGGGUCAACAGCAGCAGGCCUGCCAGAGCCCACACAGGGGCGGCGGCCAACACCACGUCAUGGGAGGGUACCACGGUGAUGGCAAGGUUUCCAAUAUCUAAACUCUGAGGAAUAGCAGGUUUUUCAAGAUCUUUUCCUUCCUGAGAAUCGUGAUUGAGGAUUUUAUUUCAAAAACUAGUCGGGCUUUUCCUAAAAUCUAUUGAUUUAAAUUAUUUCUUGAAAGUUAUUUGGAAUAAUUCUUUCCAAACAAAACGAGAUUUUUGAUGAAAAACCUGUGAAUCCUAAAUUAAACGCGUGGGAUGCUUCGUCGACUGAUCAGUUGAGAUCUGGAGGUUAAUAUCAACAGGUGCAGGGUGGCAGCUUAAAUUAUUUUCCGCGAGUUUGGUUUGGCAACUUGCAAAGUCUACUAGCUAGCUAGUACAUUUUAGAGUUAUCAUCAGACAAUAUUUGGCCACCCUGCACGUUUUAACCAAAUACCAAAGUAGGAUGAAUUUCACUAAUUCUAAGUCUGACGAAUUGUAAAUUGAAUAACAAAAUUUAAUGCACACCACGGGCAGACACGUUUGUACAAAUCUGUGAAGCUAUAAUUUUGUGGAUGUACUCCAACAACCGCAAUGAACAGUCACGCGAAUGGUGUCAUUUUGUAUAAAAGCUAUUUUAAGGAAGUAAUAUGGCAUCUAUAUGUAAAUGUUGAGUGACAUGUACCUUGACAAAAUGAUGUUUGCCAUACCUCUCUUUAAUUAUAAAUUGCUGGACUCUUGUCAAUGUCUAGAUGUCACUUGGUUGUGUAGCUGUUGUAUUUCUGUGCCACCUUAAAAAUUUAUUUAUUGUAACCUGUAACUGCAGCUUCUUCAAUUUGUCUAGUAUUUGGAGAUUGUAUCACUAAAUAUCAAUCAAAUUUGCAUUUAAUUUCCUUAGUAUUUUGGUGCAGCUCUGCAGUGGAAAUUAUUUUAACGCGCACAGAUGGAAUGUGCAGUGCUGAUUAAAGGAAUUUGAAUCACCCUUUUUUGUUAUUUUAUUAUGGUUGUGAUUUAUGUCAUUUGAAUCCUUCAUGUGUACAGAGGCAAAUUUUGUAAAAAAAAGAAUAAACAACAGAAACCAGAUAGAAUUUUUAUCAUGCUGAACAUGGAUUAGUCUGUGUGAUUUUUGUAAAUAUAAGCAUACCAAUUUA